UUACACUAAAACAAUUGCAAAGUUUAUAUUUUACAAUAUUUUAAGUGUUUAAUUGUGAUUCAAUUGCAAAUUUACAAAGUUUUGUAACAUAUUUGUGCCCGAAAAAAUUUAAUGAAUUCUAUUCAUUGUGUUUUUAUGUAAAUCAAAAAUGGCUUUACAUUUUACCGAAAAUAAAUCAAAUGGUAGUGCGUCGGGUGCCAUUAAAACACCAUUUUUAAUCGAAGAUAUUUUGGAUCGCAAUUCAAUGAAAGCUGUCAAUAAAAUCCAUUUUAAAAAUCAUGCCGAUAAUGUUGGCAAUCAAAGUGCCCGGCAUAGUAACAGCGCCGAACAUCCAGUGAAUAAUAUUGAGAAAAAUCUAAGAAGUAACGGCGAUAUCCAGUCGAAUGACGAAGAGUAUCGCAAAUUAUUACAAAGUGAUCGCAGAUACAAAGAACGGAUUCCACUCCAAACAAGUUCACAACAGUUUCCAGCCUCGACAAAUCCGAAUGUUAUCUACACCGCACCAUAUUCGGAUCCAAGUUACUUACAAAUGGCUUUGGGCGCAUAUCUAACACCUUCAUCUUCAGUUUACAAAAGUGUCGAUCCAUACUUUUUAUCACAAGCAGGUUUAUUUGGCGGAGCCAACUUUUUUCCAGGCAGUGGUUGUUCAGCGGAUAUUGCACUUGGACUAGGAAUGAAUGUGAAUGCUUUACGUCACUGCCGUCGGAGGAAGGCUCGAACCGUUUUUAGCGAUCCUCAACUGACCGGAUUGGAAAAACGCUUCGAAAAUCAAAGAUAUUUAUCCACGCCAGAACGUGUUGAAUUGGCAGCAGCUCUUGGAUUAAGCGAAACUCAAGUGAAAACUUGGUUUCAAAAUCGACGCAUGAAGCAUAAAAAACAAUUGCGAAGGCGUGACAUCAAUUCGGCGGAGCCAGUUGAUUUUUCCCGCAAUGAGGCAAACAAAAAUGCAUCAAACGUUGCAGACAAUAGCAAACGUGGUCCAACCGAUGAAUCGGAACGUGCAUUUUCACUCUACUCAUCAAUGGCAGGAGUGAAAUCGUUAAAAGCACAAUCAUCCAUCCAAAUGUUACGCAGCAUCUCAUCCGACGAUCUAAUGAAAUCAAGCGACAGCGGCACCGAAGACGAAAGCGAUGUAGAUAUAGUCGGUGAAUCAAAAGGAUACAUCUCAUAAUGUCAGCAAUGAAUAGCACGAAGAAAGAAAAACAUUUGGGAAUAACAGAGUUGGCUAUGAAGUGUUCUAUCGAUGUCGAUUCUGAUUAAACUAAACAAAUAACAUUUCAGAAAUCUAACAAUAAUAAUUUAUUAUAGAAAUGUACUUUUCUCUAAACAAAUAUUUAUAUAUAGAAGUUCCAACGAAAUACAUUCAGAACCGAAAUGCGAAUUGUGUUUUUUACAUCUCAAAAAUAAUCAAUAUAAUUGUGGAAAAAGUCAAAAUUCGUAUAUUUUUUCUGAAAAUUGGACAAACAAUUUAUCUCAUA